AAGCCAACUGUCUGCACGAGGAAAAUGUAUGUUAAUGCCUUUGGGUUUAGAAUGUGAACGAUAACGAUGAGAUGUUGUCACUGUUCCGAAUACAAUCUGGAGAAAAUUUCGUUUGCUUCUGUGCUCCAAUUUUCAUCAACAGGUUAAUAUUUUUGGUUUGUUAAAUGCUUGUAAAAUGUUGGAUGUAAAUCAGUCUCAGAUUAACUUUACUGUUGGUGUGCAGUAUCAGGGGUUACUGGGAUUAGUGAUGUUCUCCAUUCUGACUACAGUACCAUCAUGUGUGUUUCUCUUCAUUAAUGGGACCAUGUUAUUCACCCUGAGGAGUAAAUCUGUGUUUCGUGAGACCUCUCGUUACAUUCUUCUGUAUAACCUACUUUUUGCAGACACUGUACAGUUGGCACAGAGUCAGUUAAUGUACCUACUGGCUGCUUGUAGAGUAACAAUGUCGUAUCCUGUGUGUGGUGUUCUCACCAUGUUCAGCAACCUCUCAAAUCAGAUCUCCCCUCUCACACUGGUGGUGAUGUGUCUGGAGAGAUAUGUAGCUGUGUGCUACCCACUGAGGCAUGCUACCAUCAUCACCAUCAGAAACACAGGGGUGGCUAUCAUUGUGGUUUGGGCCUUCAAUUCACUAAAUGUCUUUAUUCAACUUCUUUUGCUGUUAGAUUUUCCAUUUUCAGACCUGGAGAGUCUGCAGAUGAAAGACUUUUGCACUGACCUAGCAAUGCUUCUUGGCCCAAUGUCUGAUAUUUAUGACAAAGUAUACACUGGUUUUGUGUUUGUUUCAGCUGGUGUUGCAGUUAUUUCUUCCUAUAUUGGUGUGGUGAUAGCAGCCAGGUCAGCCUCCACAGACAAAGCUUCAGCCCGUAAGGCUCGUAACACACUGCUGCUGCAUCUGGUACAGCUGGGCCUCAGUCUCUCCUCAACCAUACACGAUCCGUUGCUAUUCUCUAUCUCCAAAAACCUUGGCAGGGUCAUGACUGUGCGCAUCCAGAUUGUUUUUUAUAUUUGUAUUAUUAUCCUUCCCAGGUGUCUGAGUUCUCUCAUCUAUGGCCUCAGAGACCAGACCAUCAGACCUGUUCUCAUGUACAAUCUCUGCUGUCAGUGGAAACGCUCACCUUCUCUCUCAGGUCCAGCCAAGGCCAAAAUCGGCAUUCAAUUAUUACAUGUGAUUUCUUAACAAAUUUUUAUUUAUUCAACUUUAAAGAAAAAACAAUUUCAUUUUAAAAAGUGAGGUUUUGAGAGUGAGAUAGAGUGAGAUUUGCUGAUUCUAUUCAUGAUCUGUUGUAUAUACAGUGAUUAUCUACACACAAAUACAGUAAAAUGAAAUAAUGUGGCUGACAGUACUAUACCCCACAGACCCAUAGUUCUUUGUAGAUGAAAGCUGCUUGUAACAGCACAGCAGCAUUCUUUAGUUUAUUCUGAAAAUCCCAACAAAUCCCAAGAUGUUAAUUAAAGUUACUUGUCAAAAUGAAGGAUAACAAUGUUUCUGAGCCAGUCACUUUCAACACCCCACUUAUGCUAACACUUCAUAUACUCUCGUGUAUUGUGUGUUUGGACAAAGAAAAACACAAUCUUUCACAUAUGGAUGCAAAGAUAUUCAUACAUCUACCUUGGACCGGCACAUGAAAUCAAAUCGGGGGGGUCAAUAGGUAUUCUUCAUUUUAAGGCAUGUAAGAAAACUAAAUGAAAAUGUACACAGUAGGCCUAUAUCUCAGCAAUUGGUUCAAGUAAAUGUGAAUGUUAAGUCAACUGUUUUGACUAAUUGUCUAAUAGAACAAUGCUCAAACGUCAGGGACAAGAAAACAGUACAUUUGUCGAAAAAGAAGCCUUUUAAAUCUGUAUGAUUGUUAAAAUUAUAAAAAAAAAUACAUGUUACAAACAGACAAUUGUAUUGUACACCUAUUUAACAAUGUAUACCAAAAAUUUCACAAAAACUCAAUUUCUUUCUAUUUUUAUAUCAAAAUCCCAAACGUUUGCCUUGCUGUAAAACAAAAUGUGAUGCGUGCUUACAUACGCAUGAACUAACUGUACUGUACUGUAACUAAUGUCAACCAAUAAUAUCAGCAGCCUCCCAGUGAACACAACCUCCGAGACAGACAGAGGACCAUUUGACGACAGCGGUACCGAGGUGAUUGAUGGAGUUUCCUUAUGGACUCGUUGCUAAGAAUAAACUGUCACCAACAGUAAUGUUAAAUGCUGUUAGCUCGUGCAGCUAACGUUAGCUGACUUAGUCCCAGGGUGGCAAGAGCCAAAACCAGCAAAAGAAAACCACCUGUCUGACUGUUUUUACAGGUCUGUGGAAGCAAACAGCUUUCUGGACUUUAAAAAAAAAAUGACAUGCUUAAAAAAUACUUACAAUAAAAAGUAAAAAAAGAAAAGUAAAA